AUGCCCCCGCCAUGCCUGUUGCCCGAGGCCGCCGCCAUGCCCAACUCCGACGCCAUACCCGAGGCCGCGGCCAUGCCCGAAACGGACGACGUGCCCGAGGCCAUCGCCAUACCCGAGGCUGCCGCCAUGCCCGAGGAUCCCAUCAUGCCCGACUCCGACACCACGCCCGAGACCGCCGACAUCCUCGACCCGGACGUCGUGCCCCAGGACUCCAUCAUGGCCGUCUCCGCCGUCUCCGCCGUCUCCGCCAUCACAGUCAAUGUCAUCCGGGACGCCACCAUGGACGCCAUGAAUGUGACCCCCGAUAUGGCCGGCGCCGUCGCCAUGCUGGCGGCCCCCAACAAGUUCAAAAUGGUCAAUAUGCCCGCAUCCCCACUCCCGCCCAACACGGACGGCCAUACACACGGUUUUGAGCAAGCCCCAACGUACUCCAUGCUCCCGUUCCAGUAUGACCGGUUCUCUUGUGGCCCUCGACCAGCCUGGCACGGACGCAAUAUCUGUGGCCCCCAACUAGGCCGACUCGAACUCCAUGACCCCGUGCCCCGUCCGCCCGACGAAGACGCCAUAUCGAUUCGCUAUCAGCGCAACAUGCUGGCGAUCGAAUG